AAUAAAUUUUCUCAGGCGGGCGUAGAGCAGAAGUUUUUACAAAAAGUGAUUUUCCAAAUUACCGAGUGCGAUCCAAAAUAAGUGCAAUUUGGACGUAAAGUUCUUCGUCGUAAGGAGCAACUUGAGUUUGCUGCAUCUGCACUAGCCCAACAGUGAAAUUUCGUUUUUCAAUGAUGUUCCUUUUUUCAACUACAUUCGGGUUUCGACAUUAAGGUGGCUCCCCUUCGAAGUGUGUGUACGUACGGUGCAUUUCGGUGGCUACUGCUGUGUAUGGAGCGCUAGUGCUCUGACUAGAUUGUAGAAAGUGCAUGGAUGUGUGGGGUUCCUUCAAACCAGUGAAGGCAAAAAGUACCAUCUCUGAGUGGUAAAAUGUAAACAUGGCCGAUUGACAUGAGCUUGAAAAGACGGAAAUGAAAAUAUUUCAAUCCAUUGGAAAACAUUUUUAAUCGAAUUGAAAAAAGCCCGAAACGAUCCCAAAAAUAACGCGAAUUAGUGUUGUGUGUGUUUCGACCGAACAGAAACAGCAGCAAAAAUCGUGCAAUAUUGUUACCGCACAAGGAAACAGUAAACUAGCCAGUUCGAGACCAUAGCCAGAAUUCCCCGACAAUCUGAUGAAAUUCUAGCAAAGUCGCCCGAUUGGCGAGAGGACAUCUAUGCAAAAUGGUCAUCUGUUUGUAUUCCGAUCAAUCGCUAGCCGCAGCAGCUGCUAGAAAAUGAAUCUCGGUCUAUGGGGAUGCUUGGUGCCCUGUGGACUGCAAUACUGGUGCGAGAGUAAAAGCGAUACAUGCAUUACGGAGAUGGGGGCGACGGCAUCGACUGAUUGCCCCGGUGCUGCCGGGGGUCCUGGUGGAGGAGGCAUUCCAGGUUUUACCGGUGCUAUCACAACAGCGGCUGGUGCAACAACGACUACACCGCUCACAUCAGCCGGCAAUGGUGGAGCAUAUGGUCCAAUUGGUGGACUGGGAGGAGGGGGUGUUAUUGUUCGCGAGCGACGGAAGAAGGUAACCGGAUUUGCCACACUGAAAAAGAAACUUAUACGCCGGAGAAGGUCAUCCAAGGCAUGCGAUCAUGGGCGUGUACUGCGCGAAUUCGUAUCUAGCUGGAGUCCAAUGGAACUGUCAGCACUGCUCGAAGAAUAUGAAUCAUUAGCAGCAUUGAAGGACCUUUCGGUGCAAGCCGAAUUGGCACGACCACCAGCAACGACAUUCAAGCAAGAUCUCGCCAGUUUGUACGAUUACAAACAUUGCACCGACUGUGAUCUGGUGUUCCGGGGAACGGUCUUCCCGGUACACCGAGCCCUGUUAUCCGCGCGAUGUCCUUACUUUCGAGAUCUUCUCGCAGGCUGUCCAGGUUACGGAGCGCGUAUUUGUCUAGAGCUACGAUCCUCACCAGUAGACGUUCCGAUGUUCUCGUCUCUGCUGAGAUAUCUGUAUACAGGAGAUUUAUGUACACACGAUCCGACCAUAGAUGUAAGCCUGUUGCGUAGAUUAGGAGAAGACUUCGGCACACCGAAUCCGUUAGAAAAUGAUUUGCGCUAUUUGCUCGAGACGGGUGAUUACGCAGAUGCCGCCAUAGUGUUCACCUCCGAAGGUGGUGAUUACCAUCGGCCCGAUUCCGGUAGCUCGGAGUACGGCUUUCGCCCCAAACUGGAGUUACCUUGCCACAAAGCAAUCCUCAGUGCACGGUCUCCGUUUUUCAAGAAUAUGAUCCAGCGACGGACUCGCAAUGUGAAUGAAGAACAUCAAUUACAUGGAACGGACCGUUCAAUACAUGUACCAACCAGGAUCGUUUUGGAUGAGAGUGUAAUUCCGAAACGUUACGCACGUGUUCUCUUACAUGCUAUUUACUUGGAUACGGUUGAUCUUUCCUUGAUAUUGCGUGGAAAUGGAUGCGGAAGCGGAGCUGGCAGUCUUGGGGAGGUACAAGCACUUACGCACACUGGACGAGCUCGGCCAUCGCCGUUGGAGGAAGCCAUGGAACUUUAUCAGAUUGGACGGUUCCUUGAGCUCGACAUCUUGGCGCAAGGGUGCGAAGAUUUAAUACUAGAGUGGCUUUCACUGGACACUUUGGCUACAGUACUUCGUUGGGGAAGUCAACCGCAUGGUUCAGCUUGGGUAUAUAGGCAAGCUUGCCAUUACUUACGUGAGGAAUUUUCCGCUAUUGUAGGAUCGCCGGUUCUCUUUCAGCUAGAUAAAUCACAAUUGAUCGAAGCAUUGCAAAACAAUUUCUUGCAAGCCUCGGAACUGGAAGUUCUACAAGCUGUGUUGAAGUGGGGCGAGCAGGAGCUUAUCCGACGCAUGGAAGAUCGUGAACCGAAUCUUUUAAGUCACACAGCGCACUCGGUUACACGGAAAGGGAUCAAAAAGAGGGAUUUGAGCGACGUAGAGCUGCGAGAGAUUCUUUCGGAACUGCUACCUCAUGUGCGAAUGGAUCACGUGCUACCACCUAGUAACGAAAUACUGAAUCAAGCUAUUCGGCGUGGACUCGUUAGUACCCCGCCAUCGCACAUGAUUGGAGAUGAUCGUGAGAGCCUGCGCAUCAAUGCCUGGAUACGUGGUGGAAAAAAUCAUGGCUUGUUUGUCCGGCCAAGGUUAUUCAUGCCAUAUUACGAGGAAGUCAAAGUGCUGCUGGAGGAUCAUAUUUCCUCGCAGCAGGUUGAAAUGUUGCGGAUGCGACGUUCACGUCACAUGCCAGAUAUUCCGGAUACGCUCUAUAUGGUGUCCAGAUUGAAUAGCAAUACAAGUGGAAACAUUGGAGUCGGUGGAACCGCUGGAGUGGAUGUAGUAGCUGCGGCAGCUGCUUCAAUUCCAGCACCCGAUGCAGCUGCUAUGGAAGCAAUGCAGAAAAGAGAACAAAAGCUUCGACAGUCUCCAAGCUGCCAGCGAGCUUUAAGCCUUCCGCUGUCUAGCCGUCAUGAAAUUAAUCGCCAAAUAAGAUUACGAGUAGUUCGCGAAUUCAACUUUCCCGAUGAGGUAUCUGAGCUACUGGAGAACUCCGGUUGUUACUGCCAGGAUGCAGAUGGUUCAACUCCAAAGGCGCAAGAUAGCAACCUUCAUGCUAGUAAUCAAUCAUUGGAUGAGGACACAACUCCACCACCCUCGCCGGCACUGCCAAGCGAUAUUAUUUCACAAAACGUGGCCUGUUACGGUCGCAAUAUGACAUUCCCCAGACAGCAACCUCAACCGCCGCCCCAAGUGUCUUCACACGGAACUGGUGGAGGACUACAUGUUCCCCAAGGUGGUCUACACGGACCAAACUCAAGCAUGCUAGGAACGCAUCGUCGUCAAGAGCUACCGUCUUUAAUACCGGGCGGAGAUGUUGUUGCUUACCGUUUGUCCGCCCCGGCCGGCGACCAUCAGAACGAAGGUGGUGCCUGUUCGGAAGGGCAUCUAUCCGACAUCAUGCCAGACGUGGCAAUGGCUACAGCGUCCCUUGGGCAGCUGCAACUCGGCGAUAUGCCCGAGAGUUUGCAUCUGGAUCUAGGAGAUGGACCAAGUCACAUGAUCGGAGCUGCUGCAGCUAUGGGUUUACACAAUUUGCCGCAUCAUCGAAUGGCGACUCCGUCGCCCAGCAAUUUCCACCACUAUGUGACCCGAAGCCAUCCAACAUCGUCACAAUCCGGAUCUUCACUAGGUAUUGGCGGUGACGGAAGAGGAGCUGGUGGAAUGGGAGGGGCCUCCGGAUCGUCAAUUGGCCCACAGCAACAACAGUCUUCGGCGUACUCACACCGUUCCAACUCACCGUACACACUGCACCGGGCGAGUCCAGGCCUGCCGCAUAGCUCCUACCAUACCGGCCCUCGGUUAUAGAGACGGCUACAAGUAUUUCCCGAUAAACGCCGUCUGUUUAAGAUGCCAUUCUAAACAACACACACACACACGCGUGCGCGCAUGUAGCGCGUUCCAUUGCGAAUGGCAUUAUGAGUGUUUGAGUAUAAUAUCGCGUGAGUAUGCAUUUUAGUUAAACGAAUUAACUAAAUUCAAAAGUGAGUAUAAGUGGAAUGAAAUACAAACUAAUAAGCAGUAAAAUAAUGAAAGAAUUAAAAAAUAUAUAGAUAUUCGAAUUAGAUAUUAAGUAUUUCAUUAAUUAUUGAACAAACAGAAGGAUCACACGCAAGGAAAACAAGAGAACCCUUUAUAUUCAAGAGAAAAAAAAGCGAGAAAAUUCACAUUGUAGGAACAACAAAACGGAUUAACAAACGGACAGUAAUCAAAAUAAAACUGUACUCCUUCGGGGGAAUGAAUUUAAUUAAAAUGAAACAAACAAACAAAAUAAUAAAAAUAAAAAAUCGAUACUGUACCCGUACACGUGUGAGUGGAGGAUUCAUGUUGUGUUGAUCGCGGAUUCAGAUUUAUCUGACUUUUAUUUUGUGUGUACGAGAAAAAGACAAACGUGAUUGAUAGGUACUGAGCGGCGGAGAAGAAGAAGAAGUUAAUGAUCAUAUUUUACUCCUUUAGCGUGUAGGCGGUGCCUUUAAUUUAUUUUCCUUUAAUUUUAAGACGUUUCUAAGUGGGUCGUAUUAGAUAAACGUUUCCAUGUUAUUUAUUCAUUUUCUAUUCGUUUAAUUUGGUUUCACUUCUCGAUUGGAUGUUCGAUUCGGUUAGGAUCUUAUCUUUCCUGCUAGUUUAUAUAUACACUGUUUGUCGAGUAUAUUAUAGAGUUCUUUUUUGCCGUUUUUCAAGGCAUUAGUUUGUGCUGCGUUACGGAGAACAUGGCAGAAAAUGUCCGUUAUUAAUUUCCUGUUUUCAAAUCUACAUAAAUUCAGAAUACUGUAUCCUGUAUUGAGUUUCACUAUUAUGAUUCUAUAUUCAAGUAAUUUUCCAAUUCGGUAUAAACGACGCUAUAGACAACACACACAAUUUGCGACUGUUGAUAAAACUCGAGCACAGUUUAUCGGCAAAAGCAGUAGAAACUGAUGCAAGUUAGGUAAUUGUGUAAAUCGGAAUGAUGGAAUAAUAAUAUAUCAAGGACAAAUCAUACCCAUACAUUGAACCUCAUUUAAGAGGACCACUACUUCAUUAGUUGUAAUUUAGCGUUUUUCGUUAUUUUGGAUUUACGGUCAAAAUUGAAGUGCAAUGAAUCUCUCUGACUAAUGUAUCAUGGUAUUACGCUACUGUAACAUCAUUAUUGACGUGUCUUCUAGAAAUUGUUGAGUCUAUAUAUUUUUGUUUUUUGAUUUUUGUCCAAUGAGUGGGUGAUUUGUUACACAAAACAAUAGUUUAAAAUGAAAAUUUGAGAUAAAUAAUCAUUCAAAUGGUAAUUUUUUCAUUCGUUAUGAUCCAACACCACAGAGGUCGAACCAAAUGAACGGAAAAAGCAGACGAGACGCUCAGAAUGUUUACACAAAACAAUGGUUUUAGGUAUUUUGGUUCUAUAAAACUGGUUGAAGCCCAGUCUUUUUCGACCGUCGUCCAAUCGACUGGACGUUUUCAAUUAUUCAACACAAGACGUUUUACGAUGAUGUUAUGGUUUAAAAGCUAAGUUGCGCUAAAUUGUUACGUUCCUUAUUCGAUUCUAAAGCUGAUUUACCGGAGUAAAAGUCGAACUCAUACUCACUGCAAAAUGAAAAGAUUUAAAAGUAAAACGAAAUUAAAUAUUAAUCAUGCAAAAAGCUGCCACAAUUUAUUCCCAUAAUGAAGACCGAAAUAGAUCACAAUGCGAAUGCCAGAGGAAAAACAAAACAUAAAUUUGAAUAUAUGAAAGAAAGCUAUUUAACAGCGGAAUAAGCGACACGCAUUUACGGCAUAGCAAAGAUACAAAUGUUCGUAAAUCUGAUAGCAUUUCAGAAAUUGUUUUUCUUUUCGGGACUAGCGAGAAGAUGUUAUGGUCUUCUAUCAUAGUGAGAGAAAACCUAACAUACUAUUUAAUUACCAUUAUAAGAAACAGAAAAAAGUAUAAAUAACAAAAAAACGAUAGUGAAAUGUAAAAAAUACAAAUACACACAGAGAACAGAGAAAUAAUGAUUACAUUCAACAGAAAAAAUGCCAGACAGAUAACUAGACAGUGUCCGAGUUGAGCAAGACAAGACGAACAAUACAAAGGUCGAAGAAGAAAA